AUGGAUGACAACUUUUCUAUUGACUGGGAACAUAAGUUCCCGCAACUUGAAGCCUUAUCGAUCCAGGUUUACAGACACUUGCGAGCUAUUAAUAUAUCAAGCCGGUCACUGAAGAAAAUACUUCUGAUCAGUAACUGCAAAUUGCUAGUGGCUCAAUUUGAUGUGCCAAAUAUUGCUAUUUUUGAAUACCAAAACUAUCUUAACUACGAUGAUAGAGAUGAGCUGAUGCCAGAUUUACCGAAGUUAUCAUUUACAUAUGUCUUAGGAGGAUGGAUUUCUUGCAUUAGAUUAGAAUGCAAGGACAAUAUCAAUAAUUCGUGGCUAUUAAAGUUGGAGGAGUUCUUGACAGAACUCAGUGGGUCUGAAACUCUCAUUAAUGUUUAUUUUGUUGGGAAUGUGGGAUUUAAUGUGGAUAAGAUGAAAGAUUCUCUCCCAUUUUAUGGAGGUGGCCAAUUAAAGAUUCGCGUAUUUGUCAUCGCGAAAUCAGCUACGGGGUUUGACUUAUCAACUGCUCGCGCAAUUCUGAAUGAUAGGACCCAAAAGGCUUUCAGCAUCACGAAUGAUUUUCUUCCGGAGGAAGAAGAGGAAGUCCAAAGGGAGAAUGCCUGGGCUUUUGAGAAGUCAAUCAUUUAUCAAAACUGA